AUGACGGAGUUGCUUUUAGCUCAGUCACCUAUUCCUUCCUCUCAAGAGAUUGUUUCUUCUCAAGAUAUCCCCAUGUCUCAAGAACGUACAUACAAUGGAAAGUUGGCAAUUAAAAGAUCUUGCAAGGCAGCUGAAUGGGAGUUUAUUAUAAAAGGUGUUGGUCAAGAUUUUUAUGGAGGACGAGAUGAAGCUCGUCUUUUUGUUGAGAAAUAUAACCAUUUUUUUGGUCGCAGGGUGAGAGUCGUCAAGAGAAAUCCAGAACGAUAUACGGUGGAAUGUUAUUACAAGGAGAAAUUGGAAUGCGACUGGAUGUUCCAUGUAGCUCCCAAGACUUCCAAUGUGAAGGUCACUUAUUCCUCAAGGCCUAUAACGGGGAACAUAAAUGCUGUGCUGAUUGAACAGAAUCCCAACAAGAAAGCCAGGGAUAUUGUUAGAGAACUCAAAAGUGAUUAUGGGUUGGAAGUGAGCUACGAUCAGGCGCAUGCCGGGAAAGAAUUAUGUUUCAAGGAAUUGUAUGGCGAGGACAUUAAAUCAUACACUGACUUGAGAUGGUGGUGUGAAGCCGUGAAGAAACACGAUCCAGGUAGUAGGGCUGAUUUAGUUGUUGAAGGUGGCGAGUUUAAGAGUUUGUUCUUAGCCUUCGAUGCUUGCAUCUCUGGUUCCGAAUAUUGUCGCCCGGUACUGUUCUUGGAUGCAACUUUCCUAACUGGAAAAUUUAGGGGUUGUCUUAUGGCGGCUACCGGGAAGAAUGGGAAUAAUGGAAUAUUUCCUCUGGCAUAUGGUAUCGUAUCAGCUGAAACUGUUGAGAAUUGGCAUUGGUUCUUGAAGAAACUAGAAUCUAUCUUGGGUCCUCGUCAUUUGAAGAAUAAUGUCCGCAGUAAGACCAACAAGAAAAAGGGAGAGCAUUGUGCUGCGAUGGGUUUGUUCAAAGAAUGUUUUUAUUCAUCGACUCAUGAAGGCUUUGAUCAGGGUAUGCAAAAGUUGAAGGAUAUGGGAUGUGAUGGUCUUCACAAAUUUUUGAGUGAGAUUCCAGUGGAAUGUUGGUCCAAUGCACAUUGUCUGGUCUAUCGUUACGGCGACAUGUGUUCAAACAUUGCAGAGUCCUUUAACUCUUGGAUCAAGGAAGCAAAAGGUAUGCCUAUUGCAACACUUGUUAACUGGAUCAGACUUAAAAUUAUGGAACAUAUGAGUACAAGGAAGAGGAAGGGGGCGACGUAUAAAUGA